ACCCAUCCAUUUCCCUUUCCCUCGUUGCAAUCCUAAGAACUCACCAUGGCUGUUGAAUCUGAGCUAUCCUCUGCUCCUCUUGAUGAGAAGAGCUUAAAGGCUCUUCAGUUCAUCGAAGAAGUAACCCGAAACCCUGACUCUGUCCAAGUGAGGGUCCUCGCUGAAAUUCUCGCCCAAAACGCCCAGACAGAGUACCUGAAACGGUUCCAACUCAACGGAGCCACCGACCGCAACACUUUCAAGUCCAAGAUCCCCGUUGUCACUUACGAGGAUCUUCAACCAGAUAUUCAACGCAUUGCUAACGGCGACCGUUCCCCUAUUUUAUGCUCUCGCCCUAUCUCCGAGUUUCUCACCAGCUCUGGAACAUCUGCUGGCGAAAGAAAAUUGAUGCCAACCAUUUCUGAAGAGAUGGACCGUCGUCAGUCGCUGUACAGUCUCCUCAUGCCUGUGAUGAACCAAUUUGUGCCUGAUUUGGACAAAGGGAAGGCACUUCAUUUCUUGUUCAUUAAAGCAGAGACUAAGACACCUGGUGGAUUAGUGGCGCGUCCAGUGUUGACCAGCUACUACAAGAGCGACCAAUUCAGAAAAAGACCAUUUGACCCUUACAAUGUUCUGACAAGCCCAAACGAAGCAAUCCUUUGUCCCGAUUCCUUCCAAAGCAUGUAUACUCAGAUGCUUUGUGGUCUCAUCAUGCGCCACCAAGUGCUUCGUGUUGGAGCUGUUUUUGCCUCUGGCCUUCUCAGAGCCAUUCGAUUCCUUCAGCUCAAUUGGUCACAACUAGCCCAUGACAUCUCCACCGGAACCCUAAACCCCAAGGUCACUGAUCCUUCCAUCAAGGAAUGCAUGGCUAAAAUGUUGAAACCUGACCCUGAACUCGCACAUUUCAUCACCAAGGAAUGUUCAGGUGAAAACUGGGAACGUAUAAUCACCAGGAUUUGGCCCAACACAAAGUACCUUGACGUCAUAGUCACGGGUGCUAUGGCUCAGUAUAUUCCCACACUAGAUUAUUACAGUGGGGGGCUACCUAAGCCUUGUACCAUGUACGCGUCUUCCGAGUGUUUUUUUGGCCUUAACCUCAAGCCUAUGUCCGAUCCAUCCGAGGUUUCUUACACCAUUUUGCCAAACAUGGGUUACUUCGAGUUUUUACCCCACGAUGACUCGAUCCCUGUAACCCUCUCCAAGGACUCACCUCCACGUUUGGUUGACCUAGCCGACGUUGAACUUGAUAAAUACUACGAGCUCAUUAUCACAACUUAUUCUGGUCUUUGCCGCUACAGAGUGGGUGAUAUCCUGCAAGUAACAGGGUUCCACAGCUUAGUCCCGCAGUUCCGCUUCGUGAGGAGAAAGAACGUCUUGUUGAGCAUUGAUUCCGACAAGACAGAUGAAGCGGAACUGCAAAAGGCAAUUGAGAAUGCCUCUGAGUUGCUUAAGGAAUUCAAUACCAGCGUGGCGGAGUACACGAGCUUUGCUGAUACUAAAUCUAUUCCGGGUCAUUACGUGAUUUAUUGGGAACUGUUGAUGAAGGAUUCAUCUUACCCACCCACAGAUGAAGUGUUGAACAAGUGCUGCUUAGUGAUGGAAGAGUCCUUGAACUCCGUGUACAGACAAGGAAGAGUUGCAGACAAUUCUAUUGGACCUUUGGAGAUACGAGUGGUGAAGAAUGGCACGUUUGAGGAGUUAAUGGAUUACGCUAUCUCGCGAGGUGCGUCCAUUAACCAAUACAAAGUGCCAAGGUGUGUGAGCUUCACACCCAUAAUGGAACUACUCGACUCUAGGGUGGUCUCUGUUCAUUUUAGCCCAGCUUUACCGCACUGGACCCCAGAACGUCGUCGUUAGUGGAACUGCAACGUACAACAAUAACAACAACAUGCAAUCGUGCAUAAGAUCUGUAAUAAGAGGUGGAAAGAAAAGGGUUGUUAUUAUCACCACCAAACCCAAAAGCAUCUGUAUUUGUUGAUUCGAUAUUUCCAAAGUACUUGUUUUUAAUCUUCUUUUCUUUUUUAUUAUGUUCCUUUUUUCCUUCUUUAUGGCCGUGGCUUUGUUACACAGUUAUGCGCUUUUAACUUUUUUUGUCUGGGAAAUAAAUUCAACUUCAAAUGGGUGCGCCAUGUAAUUGUCAUAUCGAUUAUUGUUUAUCCUUAGUAUGGAAACCAUGUUUAUACU